CAUUGUAAGCCUACCUGAGAGAGUGCAGUCACUCACAACAACUACUGGCUGUUUUGAGAUUUCGCCAUUAAAACCCACACAGUAAAACAACCAGAACAGUGUUGUGUUCUUACAUUAAGUGACUAUUGGUUCAUUUUCCCGGCAAAAUGGAUGUCAGGAGAGUGGAAAAGACAGUUUUGAGUGUGGAACAGUCAGAGGGAGUCGGUGCUUGUGUCCGCAGAAGCAUUGGUAGAAAAGAGCUGAGGAACCUAGAUCCUUUUCUGAUGUUGGAUGAGUUCAGAGUGAGCAAGCCGGCAGGUUUUCCAGACCAUCCUCACAGAGGAUUUGAGACGGUAACAUAUGUUUUAGAGGGGAUCACGGCCCAUGAAGACUUCUGUGGUCAUUCAGGACGACUGAAAGCUGGAGACCUGCAAUGGAUGACUGCAGGGCGGGGGGUGGUCCAUGCUGAGAUGCCCGUGUCAGAGGAGCCGGUGGUGGGCUUACAGCUGUGGGUGAACCUGCCAAGUAGAGACAAGAUGGUGGAACCAGCAUACCAGGAGCUGAAAGGCUCACAGAUCCCCAAACGCAGCAAGGGAGGAGUCACAGUGGCUGUGAUAUCUGGAGAAGCUUUAGGAGCAAAAUCUAAGGUGAACACAAGGACACCGACCUUGUACCUGGACUUCAAAAUGCAGACCGAUGCCCUUCAUGUGCAGCCAGUCCCCUCAGGAUGGACUACAUUCAUCUACACGCUAUCAGGAUCUAUUCAUGUUGGCCCAGAUGAGGAGCAGCAGAAGGUGGAGCCUCAUCACACCGUAGUGUUUGCAGAUGGGGACUGCGUCAAAGUUCAAAAUAAGGGCUCGGAAGUGUCCCAUUUUGUGCUGAUCGCUGGAGAACCAAUCAAAGAGCCUGUGGUACAACACGGUCCGUUUGUAAUGACCACAGAAGAAGAGAUCACACAGGCUAUCAAAGACUACCAGACUGGCAGAAACGGCUUUGAGAGGGCCGUAAACUGGAGGUCCAAGAUCAGAGAUGCUUUCUGAACAUAUCCCGUUGCAAUCUUGUCACUGCAGCCUUACCUGUUUGUUGCUAUGGAUAUAUAUCUUUGUAAAGAUAUUUAAUUUGAGGUGUUGUUACCGUGGGUAUAUAUCUUUCUUCUGUGUGUGCUUACAGGACAUUUAGUACUUUCCAUCAUCCACUAUAACAUGUCCAAGGGCUUCAUGGACUAUUGUUUGCACAGUAGAAGUUUAGCCCCCUCCCCUUGUAAAAUAUAGAUUUUAUUGAAAAUGUGCUUCUAACUGCUCCCCACCCUCUCGUUAAGCUUCACUACAUUUUCCGACUGCUGUUUGAAAGCUGUUAUGCAAUACUUUUAUAUAUUGUUGUGAAGAUAAUUUAACAUAUUAUUAUGUAUAAGUGUGAAGGUUUUUACAUCAACUAAUCUGAUGUUUGAUGACACAUUUAUGUACCACAUUAAUAUGUGUCUUGCUGCAAAAGUUUAAAAAAAAUCACUUUCAUUGACCAAUUGAAGUUAUUGUAAAAUCAUUUUCUUUGCACGUUUCAUAACGAUUGUUACCUUAAAAAAAACUUGACUUUGCAGCCAACAGAAAAGCAGCUGUUCCUCUUUUGCGUACAUAUAAUAAAUAUUGUUCCAAUAUUC